AUGGAUUACGUAUUUGGGACUAUUUUUGGCGUCCUGGAAUGCCCAAAAAUCCGAAUUAAGAGACCCUCAUGGCUACAUCUACCAUCGAGAAUGACUGUCUUUGCAUUUGUGUUAAUAACGUAUUUCCUUGUUACGGGAGGCAUUAUUUUUGAUAUAAUCAACGGACCUCCUAGUGUUGGCACCGAAACUGAUGCCAAAGGAAAUCAGCGACCAGUUGCAUUUAUGCAGUGGCGAUUAAGUAGCCAGUAUAUAAUGGAGGGUCUUCUUUGUAGCUUCAUGUUUACGCUUGGCGCCGUCGGUUUUAUAAUUCUUGACAUAGUAAAUGAAGCUAAAAUGACUAGACUAACGAGGACAAUAACCCUCUCAAUUGGAGUUGCGUCUGUCUUUAUUGCCUUUAUUUGCAUUCGUCGUAUCGAUUUUAAUUUUCUUAAUGCAACUGCCAAAUUCUUGGGUCUCGUAAUCAUUUUGAAGACUGAAUGA